AUGAUAUUAUUUGGCAUAAUAGUAGUUUCCAUUAAUAUCUAUUUUCUAAACUUAUAUUCAACGAUUGAAAAAACCAGAACAGUUAAUGAUGAGCAAAUAACAAAACACAUUGGCCCAAGGAUUAGGCAUUUGGUUACGAACUCGUUUAACCGGAUAAAAAAGCCUGCAACGUUGGCAAAUCCACCGAAAGUUACAAUUCUCCUUUCCUCUGAGGCAAGGAAACUUCCGCUAGUAAACAGUUCAUGUACUAGAAGAGUUCAAGUAACGCAAGAUGGAGUAGUGAUCUUCAGGUCUAUUCUCAUUAAACCAAAGUUUGGACACGCCAGGGUUCUCGAGGCCCAUUUAGAAUUCCCUAGCGAAGAGGAUGAGUUUUUUGUCUUAGAUAAAGGUUUCUUCACACUUUAUUGCCGUGGGAAUAUUGUCGAGAUCGAAAGGCAGUUACUAUUUGCAGACAAGGACAACACAUUGAUGAAAUGGAAGGCGGCCAUGGACGUUGCAAGUCCUUCGCAAUAUUUGCAAAUUGGAGGGUGGCAACCAUUUAAAGAUGGCCAUUACUUUGCGAUCCAAAGGAUUGAAUUUGCCAAUGUUUAUUGGACUAUCAUUGAUCUGUUGGAUAUUUUCAUCUCGUCUCAAAGUUUGGGUGUACAACCUGAAAAUUUGAACAUCAUUCUCAUCGAUGCUCAUCCAAAGUCCUCGCUGGACCCUUUCUGGACUGUGUUGUUCCAAAGGCUAAUAAAACUAAAUGAUAAACAUUUUUUUACAAACUCAAAUGGCGUUGUGUUCGAAAAUCUUAUUUGGAGAUAUCCACGCGAGAAGUGUCCUUUAUUAGACAUCAACCUAAAGUCUUCAAGACAUGUCCAACCAUUUAGGUCUUUUGUAUUAGGGCAGUUUGGAAUCUCAACGAGUAGACAUUUGCGAAAUUGUAGUCAGAAAAAGUUGAAUGUGUUAAUCAUCUUGAGGAGAGACUACAAGAGUCAUCCUCGGAAUUUGGCCGGAGUUAUAGACAGAAAAAUUACCAGAGGCAGAAGUUUUACGAGAAAUUAA